CUCUCAUCACAUUUCACUUGGCACAGCUGAGCGGAGCAAAUUCCCGACAUGUUUACGUUCCCGUGACGCUAAAUUGAGCGGCUGCUUUAUUCCUUCGCUUGAUAGCAAAAAUGAGACACAAACCGCGRACUUUGUUUUUCCAGCUGUAGUGGUGAACGAAUUAAAAAAAGAAAACGAGAGUCCGAAACAACGCUGUUUGUUUAGUAGCUUGCUAGCUGGUCUCAGCUUCGGUGGAGCUAACGGCUAACCCAUUCAGGCUGAUGUUUUCGUGAGUUGGUCAAUGUGUUUUUAACACUCAGACGCUUUUAUUCCAGGUAAAUUUUUAAGCGCUAGCUCUGUCUUGGGAUAAAUGGCGCUGGURAUUAGGUUUCGGUGUAGUUGUGAGUGUUAUCACUCCACAAGGGUUGCCACCUGAUACUGUUUAUCUGUGCAUUAGCCACGUAAACUGCUGCUGUAGACGUAGCAGAGGCUGACGGGUUGCCUGCUCUGUAUCCAAGUUAUUUACCCUGAAGUCAUUGCCAUAACUCAAGGAUCCCCCCGAUGGCAUGAACUGCAACCCAGCAUGCGUUAGUUGGACCUGAACGGAUGGUUUCCUGGGUCUGUCGUUGAGCGGAUGAUGAAGCGGAUCAUCUGGUUUAUUUCAGGCUUAAACAGAAGAAUGAUGAAGCUGCUCUUCGCCCUCGCUUUGAUCGCCUACAUUGCCUCUGUUUGGGGAACGUAUGCAAACAUGAGAUCAAUACAAGAACAAGGAGAAAUGAAGAUUGAGCAGAAAAUUGAUGAAGCUGUGGCUCCUUUGAGAGAAAAGAUUCAUGAUCUGGAACAAAGCUUUUUUCAGAAAUACCCACCCGUGAAGUUUCUCUCAGAAAAAGAUCGAAAGAGAAUUCUGAUUACUGGAGGUGCUGGUUUUGUGGGCUCCCAUCUGACUGACAAGCUGAUGAUGGAUGGUCAUGAGGUGACCGUGGUCGACAACUUCUUCACAGGGAGGAAGAGGAACGUGGAACACUGGAUUGGCCACGAGAACUUUGAACUCAUUAAUCAUGAUGUAGUGGAGCCUCUUUACAUUGAAGUGGACCAGAUCUAUCAUUUGGCAUCACCAGCCUCCCCUCCCAACUACAUGUACAAUCCCAUCAAGACACUCAAGACAAACACAAUCGGCACUCUCAACAUGCUCGGACUGGCAAAACGUGUGGGAGCAAGACUUCUUCUGGCCUCUACUUCAGAGGUUUAUGGAGAUCCAGAGGUACAUCCUCAAAAUGAGGACUACUGGGGACACGUGAACCCAAUUGGUCCUCGAGCGUGCUACGAUGAGGGGAAACGUGUGGCAGAGACCAUGUGUUAUGCUUACAUGAAACAGGAAGGAGUGGAGGUGAGAGUGGCCAGAAUCUUCAACACAUUUGGUUCCCGGAUGCACAUGAAUGAUGGACGUGUUGUCAGUAACUUCAUCCUUCAGGCUCUACAAGGAGAACCUCUCACUGUGUAUGGUGCUGGUUCCCAAACUAGAGCCUUCCAGUAUGUAAGUGAUCUGGUGAACGGCUUGGUGUUGCUGAUGAACAGUAACAUCAGCAGUCCAGUCAAUCUGGGGAACCCAGAAGAACACACCAUACUGGAGUUCGCUCGCCUCAUCAAAAGCCUUGUUGGGAGCCAAAGCCAGAUCCAGUUUCUAUCAGAAGCUCAGGAUGAUCCUCAGAGGAGAAGACCUGACAUCAGAAAAGCCAAAAUGAUGCUCGGCUGGGAGCCAGUGGUGCCGCUGGAGGAAGGCUUGAAUAAAACYAUCCAGUACUUCAGCAGAGAGCUGGAGCACCAGGCCAACAACCAGUACAUCCCCAAACCUAAAGCCGCCCGCAUGAAGAAAGGCAGACCCCGACACAACUGAAACCACCCCACYCCACACUCCUCUACAAAACCCCAAACACAAGACUCCUCGAGGAGCAGCUCUUUGGAGUAACGCUGCUGAAUGGUGCACUUUUUGGAAUGGUGCACUUCCUGUUUGUAAAAGAAACAAAGAUCAAAGAUGAAGACAUGGUUUUCUUUCAGCUUUUAUUUUUUAAAGCUAGUGUUGCCUUGUGAUGGAGCUGCAGCUGUGUUGUGGUGAGGCCUUUUUUUUCUUUUUUUUUUCCUGAAGCUUAUGUGACUGAAUCUAGGAGGCAACAAAUGUAAUCCUGAAAUCCAGCCUACAUUUUUAUUUGAACUUUGUGUUUUUGCUAUUUAAUGCACCUCAGUGAGAAACCUGCAAGCAGCUCAGACUCUGCAUCCACAAUUUUUUAAAAUCAGUUUUAUGUUUUGUGAAGAUGAGCUGCCUUGGUUUGUUGCUUUCCACUGGACGUGACUCCCAGCUCUGAUGACCGUACCCUGCAGCGCACAGCAGGCUCCAGGCAAACCAUGUUCAAGAACUGUUGCCACAUAAUUAUGGUCAUCAAAGCCAUUUUGUUUGUGAAAUGUCAAUUAAGGAUGUGCGCUAUUCUAUUGAUGUAAAAAUGCUAUUUUAAUAAAAUAUUUCUAAUAGUUUGUGAAUGAAA